AUGAUGUCUUUGAUAAUGAUAGCUAUGACCAGUAUCAAGAGUGGACAAUGUAUACCGAAGAUUGAGGAACGAGCUAUUGAGAUGUUUUCGAAUGGAAAAACAAUUUUUUGGAAAAUUAUGGAAUUAUCAUACAGUGUACGAGAUGAAAAAAAUCAGAAUGCAACAGAAAAUUCAUCCAGACCAGUAAUUAAUCCAUCAAUUGUUAAUUGUAAACUGACUCCUUCUGCAUCAUCUGUUUCACUAAGCAGUUUGUAUGGGACAAAGGUAUCAGAAUGGCUCAUUAAUAAAUGCAGCGUUUUAAAUGGCAAUUUACUGACACUCUUUUAUCAUGAAAAUAUCAUGAUAGAGAAAGAAGAAAGAAGAAUACAAUGA